GAAAGCGAAAUUGAAAACAUACUGGAGUAUGAAGUAUGUGACUACAUGCAUCGAGGAAAUUAUUGAAACCUCAUAUAGGAAAACAAUACUAGAAAAGGAAAGAUCGAAAAAAUUAGAAGCUAAGAGAUUGCUAGAACUAGAAGAGAGGAAAAAAGAGUCGCGUUUAAUGGUCGCCGAAAUAAUUCGGAAAGAAUCACAAAGACUGCUUAUGAAAAAAAUGGUGUUAAUAAAAUUGAUGAAACAGGUGGUUUGGAUGAAAAGGCAGGAUGCGAAGCAUAGAACAAAAAGAGAUAAAGAACGUGAAG